UCAGUAUCGGACCAUUUGUCUCACAAAGCAGCCAUGUUAUCGUACACACUGGUCGCGCUGUCCUGGACCGUUGCGUUCACCAGCGCUCACCCCCCUUACCCGACUACCCCACCACUCCCUCCUCACUGCGAACUCGAGGGGAAGAUCUACAGACCAGGACAGAGGAUUCCGACCUCUGACAGGUGUGAACUAUGCACUUGCGAAGACACCGGUUACUCUGUAGAUGUUAGCUGUAUAUACGCCGACUACUUGACGCCGAUGUGUUACAACCCUGUCUACAACGGGGAGAAUGCGUGCCAGAAAUACACCUGCCCAGUACGGAACUGCCGAACACCAUCCGGUCACGUGCUGAUUGGCCAUGAAUCAACGUAUUUCCAGGAUGACGGCUUCUGCUCAUGUCCUCCCCAGUCACAUGACCUCCCUGGUGACCAAUGGAAACCAGUCAAUGGAAUGGCUCUCUGUUUCCCUCCCACCACGACACCCACUACGACAGUUCCCACCACUACAACAGCAUCCAGGCACUUGGUGGGUUGACCGAGUCUUCGUUUUAAUAAAAAAAAUCAUUGUUACAGUAUCAUCCUUGGUGAAAUAGGAGAGAAUUUGAUUGCUUUCAUUUACAGUGUGACGUUUUAACACUUGUAAUGUAAAUUAAUUUUAUCUUUUUGCAAUAAAACGUUAGACGUUCCUAGCAAACUUA